AUGUCAGUCGGUGUAGCUACUAACAACGGCUCAGACAGCCUUCCUCCACCUUCCUCGUCAAUAAACAAGAAUACGCACGUUCAUGACGACAUUGAUGACUUCAGACCUGAAGACUGGAAGCCUAAGCGCUCGGUAGCUGAGGUUAACCGAAUAUUAACUGAACCGGGGCGAUUGCAUGAACUAGAACAUGUUAUUAUUGACGACCGUGUUGUGAGGGUAUACAAGAACUUGCCUAAUGUACGAACGUUCUGGCUUGACCGUUCGACCGAAUGGGCGAACCGAGAUUAUAUCAUAUUCGAAAGCGAGCGAUACACAUACGCUCAAACUCGUGAACGUUCAUGCAAGCUCGCGAGUCUGCUCUAUACCAAAUACGGCGUACGAAAAGGCGACCGAGUCGCUAUUAUCAUGCGAAACUAUCCUGAAUUCAUGAUCACCUUCUGGGCGAUUCAUCUUCUUGGUGGAGUUGCAACGAUGAUUAAUGCCUGGGCACCUGUUGGUCCCUUACAACACUGUAUAACUCUCACGAAUCCGAAGAUUAUCAUUGUGGAUCCUGAGCGAGCAGAUCGACUUGCGAGUGGGACUCUCCUAGAGGAUUUGAAGAACAAGACAUCAUUAAACAGGGUGUUUGUCGUUCGGGCACAUUACAAACGACCCGGAGGAGGAAAAUGGAGAUGGAAAGGCAUGUCUUCGUUAGAAGAUGCAUUUGCCUCAUAUACAGGUCCUUUAGACGCAUAUGCUUCCGCACCGGAAUGUCUUCCAGACGAGAAUGCGACUAUAUUUUUCACUUCGGGAACAACUGGCCUACCGAAGGGUGUGCUUUCCUGUCAACGCGGAUUUUUAACGAACAUAUUUAACGCGUUCGUUGCGAAAAUGCGUGCGAUGCUGAGGAAGGGAGAGGAUCUGGUCGAACCAGGUCCAGAUGAACCGCAGAAGGGCACGUUGAUUAGUGUGCCACUUUUCCAUGUCACUGGGUUGACGAGUGCUGCUGUGAGUAUUCCCUUUCGAUUCAUUCAUCCUAUGACUUCCACGGCUCUCGGAGGAAAGAUCGUAUUUAUGCACAAAUGGGAUAAAGAAGAAGCUGCGCGAAUAAUCAAACGUGAACGCCUUACCAACGCAGGAGGAGUUCCUUCCAUGAUAAUGGAUCUCAUCGAAUCCUCCCUCGAUAGUGACGCCCUUGAAAACCUCUCGUGUGGUGGCGCUCCUUCGGCCGAGACUAUGCCAAAGGAGGUCAAGAGGAGAUUUAAGGGUGUUGAGUCAGGUCAAGGAUAUGGGCUGAGUGAGACGAACGCUAUUGCUGUAAGCAUACACGCAGAUUUCUUAGCAAGGCCAACGAGCUGUGGCCUCGCGAGUCCCGUUACCGACCUCGUCAUCGUCGACCCUGUAACGCUUAAAGUAUUACCUCCGGGUCAGGUUGGCGAAAUAUGGAUAAAGGGCGUGCAUGUAAUGAAAGGAUAUUGGGGUGAUCCAGAGGCAACUAGGAAGGCAAUUACACGCGACGGAUGGUUCAAGUCCGGAGAUUCGGCGUGCAUAGACGAGGAAGGAUUUGUAUAUAUCAAGGAUAGGAUCAAGGAUAUCAUCAUUAGAGGAGGAGAGAACAUCCAUUCGGUGGAAGUAGAGAACGCACUCUACGCAGACGACCACAUACUUGACGCUGCAGCCGUAAGCGUACCAGACAGGCGAUUAGGUGAACUUGUCGCCGCGGUCGUAGCGACGAAGCCGCAUUAUAAAGGCCAAGUGUCGGAAGAGGAAGUUAUUGAUAUCGCUAGACGAUUAUUACCACCGCAUGCUGUUCCUGUGAUGGUACUCGUGCAAGACGACCUUAUCGAACGCAAUGCAAACGGCAAGAUAAUGAAAGACUCUGUUCGGAAACGCGUACGUAGAGAGUGGGCUCGUCGGCUGAAACUCAGGGGUGGGAGAAGUAGGAAUAAGAGUGGCGAGCGUACAAAGGCAAAGUUAUAA